UCCGGCAGUUCGGAACUCCAGCAGCGGCAGAAACGGUAGCCCGCGGACCGCGAAUUCUCCUCCAUUUCCAGGAUUUUUUGGCUCAUCAUCAAUCUCCCUUGAGAAGGACAGCAAUCUCUAUCAUUGACCUCAUAAGGACUAAAGAUGGUAGUAUAGAGCAAUAUUGAUGGCUUCAAUGGUAUGCUUGUACCAGGCAUGUCUUCAACGCAUCGUGUGGGUAGUGCGGGGAACACAUCCAAUUCAACCCGUCCUCGGAAGGAGAAGCGGUUGACUUAUGUGCUGAAUGAUGUGGAUGACGCAAAGCACUGUGCAGGCAUAAAUUGCUUAGCUGUAUUGAAGUCAUCAGCACCUGAUGGUGGUGAUUAUCUAUUUACUGGAAGCCGAGAUGGGACACUUAAGAGAUGGGCUUUGGCUGAAGAUGGAGCCUCAUGUUCUGCAACAUUUGAGUCACAUGUUGACUGGGUUAAUGAUGCAGUUCUUGCUGGGGAUACGCUUGUUUCAUGUUCUUCGGACACUACUCUCAAGACAUGGAAUUGCUUGUCGGAUGGGACUUGUACCAGAACUCUUCAUCAGCACUCUGACUAUGUUACUUGUCUAGCGGCUGCUGAAAAAAAUAGCAAUGUUGUUGCCUCUGGUGGCCUUGGUGGGGAGGUUUACAUAUGGGACAUUGAAGCAGCUCUUCUUCCAGUCUCAAAGUCAAAUGAUGCAAUGGAGGAUGACAAUUCUAAUGGUAUAAUUAGUUCAGGAAACUCUGGGUUACCCAGUACAAGUCUCCGCACUAUCGGUUCAAGUAGCAGCAUCUCUCUGCACACAACUCAGUCACAUGGGUACAGUCCAGUUGUCGCCAAAGGUCAUAAAGAGUCGGUGUAUGCACUAGCAGUGAAUGAGAGUGGAACCCUACUUGUUUCUGGUGGUACUGAGAAGGUGGUGCGUGUGUGGGACCCAAGAACCGGCUCAAAGAAUAUGAAGCUAAGAGGGCAUACUGACAAUAUUAGGGCUCUGCUUCUGGAUUCAACUGGCAGGUUUUGCUUGUCAGGAUCAUCGGAUUCUAUGAUACGCCUAUGGGAUCUCGGUCAGCAGCGAUGCAUACAUUCCUAUGCUGUGCAUACAGAUUCUGUUUGGGCACUUGCCAGCACUCCAACAUUCAGUCAUGUUUAUAGUGGCGGAAGGGAUCUUUCUCUAUACCUGACUGAUUUGUCAACAAGGGAGAGCCUCUUGCUUUGCACGAAGGAACACCCUAUCUUGCAAAUGGCCUUGCAAGAUGAUAGCAUAUGGGUUGCAACAACAGAUUCUUCUUUACACAAGUGGCCUGCUGAAGGACGUAACCCACAGAAGGUUUUUCAAAAAGGGGGUUCAUUCUUGGCGGGAAAUUUGUCCUUUACAAGGGCAAGGGCUUGCUUAGAAGGAUCUACUCCUAUUCCUGUGUACAAAGAACCAUCAUUAACAAUUCCUGGAACUCCAGCAAUUGUACAGCACGAAAUUCUGAACAAUAGAAGGCAGGUCCUAACCAAGGAUGCUGCAGGCUCAGUGAAGCUAUGGGAGAUCACGAGGGGUAUUGUGGUUGAGGAUUAUGGCAAGGUUUCCUUCGAGGAAAAGAAGGAAGAGCUAUUUGAAAUGGUAAGUAUUCCUGCAUGGUUCACCAUGGACGCUAGGCUUGGGAGCUUGUCUAUCCAUUUGGACACCCCGCAAUGCUUUUCAGCAGAGAUGUAUGCUGUUGACUUGAACAUGUCAGGAGCAUCUGAAGAAUUAAAGAUCAAUCUAGCCCAGGAGACUCUUCGUGGCUUAAUGGGUCAUUGGCUGGCCAGGAGAAGGCACUCUGGACCACAAGCUUCAGCUAAUGGUGAUGUUUUACCAGGGAAAGAUAUUCCAAUUAGAAACCAUUCCCAUUCAAGAGUUGAUGUUGAUGAUGGUGCAGAAAACCACAAUGAAAACGGCCCUCCCUUUUUUGAGUUUUCAACAGUUUCCCCUCCUUCCAUCAUUACUGAGGGCUCUCAUGGUGGCCCAUGGAGAAAGAAAAUCACAGACUUGGAUGGCACUGAAGAUGAAAAGGAUCUCCCUUGGUGGUGUCUAGACUGUAUGUUGAAUUGUCGAUUACCUCCCCGAGAAAAUAGCAAGUGCAGUUUUUACUUGCAUGCUUGCGAAGGGUCGAAUGUCCAGGUGCUCACUCAAGGGAAGCUCAGUGCACCUCGAAUAUUGCGGAUACACAAAGUUGUUAACUAUGUCCUUGAAAAAAUGGUUCUUGAUAAACCAUCAGAUGGUGGAAACCCAGACGGGAUGUUUGUUUCAGCGCUGACAGGAGGACAAUCACAACUUCCUACUUUCGGAGUUGGAUCUUUCCCAACUGGCUUGAAGCCAUGGCAAAAGCUAAAGCCGUCGAUAGAGAUCUUAUGCAAUAACCAGGUCUUAUCCCCUGAAAUGAGCUUAGCCACUGUCCGAGCAUAUAUUUGGAAGAAAUCGGAUGAUCUUGUCCUCAAUUACAGAGUGGUACCGGGUAGAUGAAUCUUGGGCACAAACAGAAGAGGCUGCUGGUUGUAAUCAAACUUUUUAUCAUUUCCUUGUAAAGCUUAAAGUUCCAUCUAUCGAUGAAGCUUUAGAUACUCUUCAGAGAGAUUGCUUCUGAAAUCAGCAGAAGUUCUUGAGUUUGGGUGGCAGGCGGUGUUUUUGAUGGAAGGACCAUUUUGAAAAGUUCAAUGGCAGGAACCAAAUGUUUAGGUUUUGUUAAGAAACUGAUGGUUGGACUGGAAGGACAAGAAAUGGCCGGAAACCAGAUCCACAGACCACAAUCAAUUUCAAGGGAAAAGAUCCGAGUGCAUGAGACGAGGAAGGCAAUGAUGUUGAAAGCAAUGUAGAUGUGAAUUAGGGUACCUAAAGCUGAGGUAAUUACCUGGUAAUAAGACAGUUUCCUCAAAACAAAUUAAUUCAAUAUAUGUUUUAUUUUCUAUAUAAGGAGCAUUCAGGUCUCAGCGUUGCUUUCAA